AUGGAUAACAUUGACUAUUCUCGUUUAGUUCCCAGACAUGAGUAUUAUGACAAUAUUCAAUUGGCAGUUCAGGAUCCGAGGGAAGGAAAGCCUAAGCGAGCUGCUGAGCGGGGCCAGUGGUCCCGGGGCGUCCUGACUUCCAAGGUUCUGGGCCUUCGUGCUGCCACCAGGAGCUCGUCGCCACGCCCUGCCCCAGUGGUCCCCCUGCAGGGGUUCCUGUCCCCCAGGCACCGAGCCCCAAGCCUCGGCGCAGGCUGCAGCUUCCCUCUGCCUGACCCCCGCCAGCCUGCGCCUCCUCACCCGGGAACUACCUUCCCUCGGCAGCAGCGGAGAAGAACAGCCGAGCAGACCCAACAGCCGGGGCAGCAGCGAGUGGGAGGCUGUUCCAGCAGCUCGUGGCUGGCAUUGGAGAAUGUGGAGAUUUUCCCAUUCAUAAAAGGAACGUCCCCGCUCGCCGCCUUGCCGCUCGCGGUCUUGCUGUCCGCCACACACCGCCACAUCCGCAGCGGGGUAGGGCUGGGUCUGGGGGCGUUCGGUUCCCAGGGCCUUACCCGGGCGUACUCUCGCCUUUCUCAGGAAGCCCCAUUUUGUGAGCGGCACCGCGUGUCCUCGCUCAGUCCGUGCACACCGUUGACCUGGAACGCGGAUGAGCACCCUUGGUUGAAACGAAGAGACAAAAUGUUUAGGAAGCGACUGUCAGGCCACGUUGCCUAUCCAUUUCUAAACGACUGUCUUUUUAGGACCCCGUUUUCACCCUUGUAUGGCAGUGGGUUGGGGGUGGGGGAUGGAACUGGAGUGGCCCAGGGAGAUGAUGGCAGGGGCGGGGCGGGGCAGGGCGUUCAUGAAAUGGAGAACUACAGCAUGUACUGCGUGAGCUGUCGAACCCCAGUGUGCUAUCUGUGCCUAGAGGAGGGCCGGCAUGCCAAGCACGAGGUGAAGCCGCUGGGGGCCAUGUGGAAGCAGCACAAGGCACAACUAUCUCAGGCCUUAAAUGGAGUUUCGGAUAAGGCAAAGGAAGCAAAGGAGUUUCUGGUUCAGCUGAAGAACAUAUUGCAGCAGAUCCAGGAAAACGGACUGGACUACGAAGCCUGCCUGGUUGCUCAGUGUGAUGCCCUUGUGGAUGCUUUAACUCGUCAGAAAGCCAAGCUGCUCACCAAGGUGACAAAGGAGAGGGAACACAAGUUGAAGAUGGUUUGGGACCAGAUCAAUCACUGCACACUGAAGCUGCGUCAGUCCACCGGACUGAUGGAGUACUGCCUGGAGGUGAUCAAGGAGAACGACCCCUCGGGGUUCUUACAGAUCUCAGAUGCUCUGAUCAAACGCGUCCAGGUGUCUCAGGAGCAGUGGGUCAAAGGCGCCCUGGAGCCAAAAGUGUCUGCGGAGUUUGAUCUGACCUUGGACAGCGAGCCGCUGCUGCAGGCCAUCCACCAGCUGGACUUCAUUCAGAUGAAAUGUAGGGUGGUGAACAAGUCUACCAACUCACAAGAUUGGGCUUACACUCUCGAGCAGGAAAUAGACACUAAACAAAUGUAUAAUAGAAUGUUGGAUGGUGGCAGGUGCUAUGAAGAGGAAUCAGAGGAAGGGGCAGCAGUAGAUGCCAUGGGCCACAGCCCUGUGGACGGCUACAUCCUGGAGCUGGACGACGGCGCCGGGGGACAGUUCCGGGAAGUGUACGUCGGUAAGGAGACUUUGUGUACCAUCGACGGUCUUCACUUCAACAGCACCUACAACGCCCGAGUCAAAGCUUUCAACUCUUCUGGUGUCGGGCCUUACAGUAAAACUGUCGUCCUGCAGACGUCCGAUGUGGCCUGGUUCACAUUUGACCCCAACUCUGGGCAUCGGGACAUCAUUUUAUCCAACGACAACCAGACAGCCACCUGCAGCAGCUAUGAUGACCGGGUGGUGCUGGGCACAGCUGCGUUCUCCAAGGGUGUGCACUACUGGGAGCUGCACGUGGACCGGUACGACAACCACCCAGACCCCGCCUUCGGGGUGGCCAGGGCCAGCGUGGUCAAGGACAUGAUGCUGGGCAAGGAUGACAAGGCCUGGGCCAUGUAUGUGGACAACAACCGCAGCUGGUUCAUGCACUGCAACUCCCACACCAACAGGACGGAAGGCGGCGUGUGCAAGGGGGCCACCGUGGGCGUGCUGCUGGACCUGAAUAAGCACACCCUCACUUUCUUCAUCAACGGGCAGCAGCAGGGCCCCACAGCCUUCAGCCACGUGGACGGGGUCUUCAUGCCAGCCCUCAGCCUCAACCGCAAUGUGCAGGUCACCCUGCACACAGGAUUGGAAGUGCCGACUAACCUGGGGCGGCCAAAGCUGUCAGGCAAUUAG